AUGGGUGUCCCAGCACUUUUCCGGUGGCUCUCCACCAAAUACCCGAAAAUCAUCUCAGCCGUUGUCGAGGAAUUGCCGCAAGAAUAUAAUGGCGAAGAAAUUCCGGUGGAUACAACAAAGCCCAACCCAAAUGGCGAGGAAAUGGAUAACUUAUACCUCGACAUGAACGGCAUUGUACACCCAUGUACGCAUCCUGAAGGCAAACCGCCGCCAGCCAAUGAAGGGGAGAUGAUGCUCGAGAUUUUCAAGUACACCGAUAGAGUCGUAAAUAUGGUCAGACCGAGAAAGCUGUUGAUGAUCGCUGUUGAUGGCGUAGCACCUCGUGCAAAAAUGAACCAACAGCGUUCAAGGCGAUUCCGCUCUGCCCAGGAAGCUAAAGAAGCCGACGAGAAAAAGGCUGAGUUUGCAAAAUUACUUCAAAGGCAGAAUCGGGGGAAAGGUGAUUCAGAAUUAGGCGAAGAGGUGAUACAGAAAACCUGGGAUAGCAACGUUAUUACGCCCGGUACCCCAUUCAUGGACAUUCUUUCAGCCGCCCUGAGAUACUGGAUUGCCUACAAGCUGAAUACUGAUCCUGCCUGGGACAAGCUCAAAAUCAUAGUAUCAGAUGCCACAGUUCCUGGAGAAGGUGAACACAAAAUCAUGGAAUUCAUCCGAUCCCAAAGAUCCUGUCCCGAACACAAUGCGAACACUCGCCAUGUAAUAUAUGGACUUGAUGCUGACUUGAUUAUGCUUGGGCUUGCGACACAUGAACCUCAUUUUCGAGUCCUUCGUGAGGAUGUUUUUUUCCAAGAAUCGAAGGCCAGGACUUGUCACCUUUGUGGACAAAAGGGGCAUAUUGCCGAAGCCUGCACUGGUAAAGCAAAAGAGAAGACAGGAGAUUUCGACGAAAAAGAAAAUGCAUCCCCACUUAAACCUUUUAUUUGGCUACAUGUUUCCGUCCUACGAGAAUACCUGGCAGCCGAGAUGUACGUCCCUAAUCAACCUUUUGCCUUUGACCUUGAAAGAGCUCUCGACGACUGGGUCUUCAUGUGCUUUUUUGUGGGAAACGAUUUUCUUCCUCAUUUGCCGUCAUUGGAUAUAAGGGAGAAUGGAAUCGAUACUCUUAUUGCCAUAUGGCGUGACAAUAUACCACUAAUGGGGGGUUAUCUAACAAAAGACGGGCACGUUGAUCUAAAGCGUGCACAGUUGAUCUUACAAGGGUUAGCUAAACAAGAGGAUGCGAUUUUCCGUCGACGCAGGCAGACAGAGGAAAGAAAAAAUGCAAAUGCUAGAAGACGUAAAGAGCAAGAGAGGCAAAGGGAGAACAAUUCCCGAAAAAGGCCUAGAAAUUCUAUGGAAAACGAUACGCCAAUACCCGGCGCCCGUCGUAAUAAGGAUGGGGAUUCAAGCGCUCCCGCAAAUAUGCCCCUUUUUAUUCCAAGUAAGGGAGAAUUGCCUCGAGCAGAGCGAGAGUUAACUCACUCCAUGGUCGUCAAUCGGGGCGCCAUUUACAAAGCAAACAUGGCAAAUAAAAGUGCAGCAGCUGCUUUGAAAAGUCAGUUGCUAUCUGGUUCUUCGAAUGACGGUGAAUCAACUCAAAUCACUGCUGAAACUACUGUUGAAGUUUCUAUGACAGAUCAAAACUUAAAUUCCACUCUGGGUAAAAGAAAGGUCGAUGCACUUGAUACCGAAAAUAGUACAGGGCAAGAAGGGUCUGAAAAGCCCAACGAUGAAGAUCAACUACCAGUGGACACAGUCCGCCUUUGGGAACAAGGGUAUGCGGAUCGGUAUUACGAGCAAAAGUUUCGUGUAGAUCCAAAAGACAUUGAAUUUCGCCACAAAGUGGCGCAGGCUUAUGUUGAAGGACUUUCUUGGGUUCUCUUAUACUACUUUCAAGGCUGCCCUUCAUGGACGUGGUACUAUCCAUAUCAUUAUGCCCCUUUUGCAGCAGACUUUGUUGAUCUUGAUCAAAUGGACAUACAAUUCAACAAGGGCAUACCUUUCAGGCCUUUUGAGCAGCUGAUGGGUGUUUUGCCUGCAGCAUCAAACCAUGCAAUUCCAGAAAUAUUCAGGGAUCUGAUGUCCGAUCCUGAUAGCGAGAUCAUUGAUUUCUACCCAGAGGAGUUCCCCAUUGAUCUUAAUGGAAAGAAAUUUGCAUGGCAGGGAGUAGCACUUCUUCCAUUCAUUGACGAGAAGCGUCUUUUGGCAGCUAUGAACAAACGUUAUCCCCAUUUAUCGGAGGAAGAAAGAGCUCGUAAUGAAAUGGGACGAGAUAUUCUAUUUAUCUCGGACCGCCAUCCACUCUACGACGAUUUGGUGUCCAACUUCUACUCGAAAAAGCAAGGAGUUCCAAAAUUCAAGCUCAACAUGCGUGUUAGCGAAGGCCUCGGCGGCAAAGUUGAACGUAACGAAGCUUACGUUCCUCACAGCUCAUUGAUACCAGCUAUAGAUGGAGCCGAACUUCCCAGCCUUGAUCAAGAUCACUCAAUAAGUGUUCUAUAUGAUAUUCCCAAGUCCAAGCAUAUUCAUAAAUCCAUGCUUCUUUCUGGUGUGAAAUUCAACCCACCUGUACUUGAUAAGGCGGAUAUUGAAGCCACCAAGGCAAAGGCUUCUCAGUCAGGCAGAUCAUUUGGAGGCGCGCCGUUGCAUUCAGGGAACGGCCGAGGUAGAGGCUGCAUGUCAUAUACUGGUGAUCGGCAAAACCCAUUUGCUGCCCACCUCGACCCGAAUUUUAGGCCUCCCUCAAAUAUGAACCCUUCACAACGAGGAUGGAAUCCUCCAACCCGCGGCGGCGGUCAGCCGCCUCAGUUUGAUAGAUAUCAAGGCCGUGGAGGAUAUGGUGGUGGUCGGGGGCGCGGUUCGUAUGGCCCGCGGGAUUCAUAUCAGCCGCCUCCUUCCUACGGCAGAGACUCGUACCAAGAUAGACAGUAUCCUUCAUCUGGCGGAGGCGGGAGACCCGGCAGCGGCGGCGGUGGUGGUCAUCAUAGAGGCCGAGGCCGUGGCCAGCAGUCCGGUCACCGCGCGCGCAACGAUGGAUAUGGCCGGUAUUGA